GUGCGGAUGUACGCGUCCCUCUGGAUUUCGGCCCUUCGGUGGUGGCAUCCGCGGCAUCUGCGUGUUUCCGCUGGGCAAGUAGCAUUGCGUAAGUAAGCGGGCAACAAGGCACGGCGACGCCCUAGUGACUUACUUUUGGCGGCAUCUCCGAGUAUUUUGUUGGGUGCGAUCUAGGGGGUCCUUUGGAGGGGAGUUUGAGAGAGUUCGUACGCGUGCGGUAAUGAGGAACGCGAAAUCCAAGGGGAAGUUCCGUCCAUUGACGCGUUAUAAUUUCCUUGUCACGCGUCACGCGGAUUUUGGAAGCGGAAUAGGGGCUGAAGGCACCGAUCACGUCUCUGCUUUCUAAUCUGACAUCCUCUCUUCCCCGAAACCACGACCCCGCAAUGAACGGAGAAGUAUUCAACUCCAACCCUACCGUCUUUUCACCGUCCAGCCGGAACACCCGGAAAUCAAGAUUCGAGACAGGCGAGUCCUUAUGGGUGAAUGACUGCGAUAGCGACGACUCGUGGGAUGACUCGGUCGAGCCCAUUGACCAGGAUGAGAUUUUUGAGCUCAUACGCUCCAUAUCUGAUCCCGAGCAUCCAAACAGCCUCGAGGAGCUCCGCGUGGUGUCCGCAAAGCAGAUCGGCAUAGGCAACAACCACAUCAUGGUCGAGUUCACGCCGACCGUCCCGCAUUGCGGGUUGUCCACGCUAAUUGGCCUGUCUAUACGCGUGCGGCUUCUUCGUAGCCUGCCGCAGCGUUUCAAGGUGGACAUACGUGUCAAGCCCGGAUCGCACCAGAGCGAGCAUGCAGUUAACAAGCAGCUCAACGACAAGGAACGUGUCGCUGCAGCUCUCGAAAACCCGGCGCUCGUGGAUACGCUUGAAAAAUGCCUUGCAACUGCAGGCACCCGCAGGAUCUAGUUCUUGGCCAUAUCUCAAUCGUGUGCAUGUAUUGCUAGCUUUGUAUCUUUAUCGUCAUUCCUAUUAUGUCCGCAGUUGCCAUAGUAUGUAUUCCGGGUGAUCUAUGCCAUUCAUGAUUACUUGCGUGGUAUAAGGUGAUAUGCUGUAUGAGAGGGUCAUGUAAAUGCUACAGUGUGAUGAGGAUGCUACAGUGCGUGAGCGUAUGCGCUAAUCAGAUAAUGUGCGUGGACAAAAGAAAGUAAGAAGAUGCUAAUGGUGGUAAAAACACUAUCCACCAUACGGUUCUAAAACGAAGGUGCCAAACCCAAAGUCAAGAAAGGGCAUGCAUACAGCAUAGAACGAAGGUCGCUGUGCAUGACUCGAUCGAGAGCUCAAACAUAGAAAAAGAAGAAACGAAAACACUGCGCAUCCUCAUCCAUCAAGCAGGAAAUCCCAGUUGAUGCCCGACCCCGACGCUUUCUUGCUCCCGAAUAUCCGCUUCAAUGUCUCCCGUGUUGUCACCUCAGGCGCGCCCGUGUGUACGUCCCACAUGCGGAACGUGACGGUCCCGCUCGUCUCGACGACGACCUCGUCGCCGUGCCAGCCAUCGAGGUCUGUGUCUUUCAUUUGUACGUUUGGCAUGAUGCGAUUGGCAAAGCCCGCAGAAAAGACGGCCUUGCUGGUGCAACGGAUGAGUCCACGGAAGUCAGAGGGGAGCCAGAUGCAGAUAUUGGAUCGGGACCCGCGGAUGUCGAGGAGGAACUUUGAUCGUUGUGUUAUGCCUCGACAAACUUUGACCUUGAUAGGCGCAUCAGUAGCACUGACGAACAUGCUGAGCCGCUCGCCAACCGGUUGGUUACGUGCGCGGAAGUGAGGAAGGGCGAGCGACAGGUCGACCGCUUCUUGAUGGGACUUGCAUAUGAAAUCCCAUCCUGAUGAUGGUUGGUAGUGAACCUUGCGAUUUCCAACUGGGCCAGUAAGGAGAUGUUGCUUGUCGGAGCUAAUUGAAGCGCUCUCGGACGACAUGCAGGCCAUGAUGAUGUGCGUAUGCGUUACAGCUUGAAUGCUGGCUUAUAAGAUAUGAAGAGAGAGAGAACGAAGAAGAGGCGAGCCAGCUAGGCCAGAUUGACGCAGCGCCAC